AUGAAGCUCACCAGAACAAUGGCAUUCAAAUCAGCUAUAGUGCAACCCAAAAACCCACCACUCUUCAACCCCACAUUUUCUUGCUGCCUGAAACCAUCCGUUCAGUUCAGGGAGAAGCCACUGAAGGAUUUUGAAUUCAAUAUCAAAAGAAGAAUUGGGGCAAUAGCAGCAGUAAGUUGGGCACUAAUGGCGGCGAAAGAAGCAAUUUUUGUUGAAGCUGCGAAUGGAUUUGACUUGCAACUGGUAGCACCUGGCCAGACAAUUGAAGAGGCAGAGAGUGGAAUCAAAGGUCAUGCACAAGCUCUGUUACAAGUGAAAGAGCUCAUAGAUUUAGAGUCAUGGAGAGAGGUACAAAUAGCUCUCAGGAAGAGCUCAGCAGUCUUGAAACAGGACAUUUAUACCCUAAUUCAAGCAAAACCUGCAAAUGAGAGGCCCCAACUGAGAAAACUUUAUUCUGACCUCUUCAACAAUGUGACCAGACUUGAUUAUGCAGCUAGGGAUAAAGAUGCAUCAUAUAUCCGACAAUGCUAUGAGAACAUUGUUGCAGUUCUGAAUCAAGUGCUAUCUAGAAUAUAA